AUGCUCAUCGAAGCUGUCAACACCAGCGCGGUGGCUGUGGCCAUUCCCGUCUGUCUACUUUUGUUUCUCGUACUCGGCCGGCUCAUGGUCGCGUACAAGGUUGCCAAGUCGCCUGGCAUCAGAGCAGCUUCGAUCGGAGAUAAUCCUUUUUCUGCUCUCAAGACCGCCUUGACCGCGGUGCACUACCAGAACCAGAAUCGCCUUUACGACUUUUUCAAGCACAUCUUCAAGUCUGCCAAUCCGGAAACUCCCAACGCUGUCGAAAUUCUCUUCUUUGGCCGUCGCAUCAUUUUUAGCCAAGAGCCCGAACACAUCAAGACGGUUCUCACCUCCAAGUUUGCCGAGUUUGGCAAGGGCCCGAAGUUCCACCAGGUGUGGGCGCCGUUCCUAGGUGACAGCAUCUUCACCACCGAUGGCGCCCAAUGGCACGAUAGCAGGACGCUCAUUCGGCCCAUGUUUGUCAAGGACAGGGUCCGUGAUAUGGAAAUCUUUGAGCGCUGGGCGGACAAGCUCAUCUCCAAGAUACCGGGCUCUGGCCAGACUGUUGACAUGUGCGACCUGUUCUACCGCAUGACGCUCGACCUUACUACCGACUUUCUGCUGGGCCACGGAGUUGGCAGUCUCGAUAAUCCCAAUAGCGAAUUCUCCAACGCCUUUACUGUCGUGCAGCGACUUCAGAUGAUUCUGACGAUUCUCUUGCCAUUCCGUCACUUUGUCCCACAAAAGCAGUACCGUGACGGCAUCAAAACGCUCGAGAAAUUCAUGACACCAUAUAUUCAGCAGACGCUGUCGCUCACGCCAGAUGAGCUCGAGAAAUUGUCCAAGUCUGACAAGGAGUUUACAUUUCUCCACAACAUUGCGCGCUUCUCUCGCGACCCCAAGGUCAUUCGCGACCAGAUCAUGGCCGUGCUGCUAGCGGGCCGAGACACCACAGCUGCGACACUGUCUUGGACGCUCUACGAGCUAGCCAACUACCCUGCUGUCUGGGCCAAGCUUCGUGAGACGGUUCUAGAAAAAGUUGGAGCGACCCGCAAUCCGACGUACGACGAUAUUAAAGGCAUGACUUACUUGACUCAUGCCAUCAACGAAACCCUGCGCCUGUACCCGGCCGUGCCUUACAACAUCAGAUCUUGCCUUGAGGACUCUACACUCACUGGCGCACCUGGCCAGCCAGACAUUGCAUGCUUCAAGGGUAACCACGUCAUCUACAGCACCUAUGCCAUGCAGCGUCGCCGCGACCUCUACCCGCCCGUGUCUGAGACAUUCGCCGACCCGGACAUCUACAGCCCUGACCGCUGGGAGCACUGGACGCCGCGACCCUGGCAGUACGUGCCAUUCAAUGGCGGCCCGCGUAUCUGCAUUGGCCAAAACUUUGCCGUCACCGAGAUUGGCUACGUCUUGGUGAAAUUGUUGCAGAAAUAUGAGAGAAUCGAGUAUCGCGAUGAUUGGAACGCGCAGUUUCACAAGGCAGAGAUUGUUGGCUGCCCAGGACGGGGCGUCCCUGUUGCGUUUUUCGAGCCGGAAAAGAAGAACUAA